GUUAGAGCAGUUGGGUGAUGUUAGGGCCACCGAGGAGUAGGAGAAUCCGCUCUGGACAUCAUCGCUCCCAGGGAUUACACUGAAUGAGUUUGCUAUAAACAGCUUGACUUACAUAACAGCUAGUAAUUCAGCUAGUACAACCACCGCUAGCAUAGCUAUAUUUGCAGAUCAGAGGACGUGCUUUGUAAUAUUUGACCUAGGAAUAGACCGUCACAGUUUAUUUGUUCCUUAUAGGUGCAAGUGCGGUCGUUGUUAGAAUAACUUAGAAGAGCUAAAAUUAAUUGCGCUCAUAAUGUCAGUGGUUGGCAUAGAUGUUGGUUUCCAAAAUUGUUACAUCGCCGUGGCAAGGAGCGGAGGAAUUGAAACCGUUGCCAAUGAAUACAGUGACAGAUGCACACCGGCUUGUGUGUCUUUGGCCUCCAAAAAUCGCAUUAUUGGAAAUGCAGGAAAGAGUCAGAUAAUAACAAAUUUCAAAAAUACAGUGCAUGGCUUCAAAAAGUUCCAAGGCAGAGCAUUUGAUGAUCCAUUUGUUCAAGCAGAAAAACCCAAACUGCCUUACAGCUUACAUAAGCUGCCCAAUGGAAACGCUGGAAUUAAGGUGCGUUAUUUGGAGGAGGAUAAAGUGUUCACAGUUGAGCAGAUCACUGGGAUGCUGCUCACCAAGCUGAAGGAGACAGCAGAGAGUGCCCUGAAGAAGCCAGUGGUGGACUGCGUCAUCUCUGUUCCCAGUUUUUUCACAGAUGCUGAAAGACGGUCGGUGUUUGAUGCAACUCAGAUCGCAGGGCUGAACUGUUUACGGCUAAUUAAUGAUACCACAGCUGUGGCGUUGGCUUAUGGGAUCUACAAACAAGACCUUCCUAAUCCAGAAGAAAAGCCAAGGAAUGUGGUAUUUGUGGACAUGGGACAUUCAUCAUUCCAGGUCUCCAUCACUGCUUUUAACAAAGGCAAACUCAAGGUUCUUGCCACAGCGUUUGACCCGUACCUUGGAGGGCGUAACUUUGACGAGGCACUCGUAGAUUACUUCUGCGAGGAGUUUAAGACCAAGUACAAGCUCAAUGUGAGGGACAAUCCAAGAGCUGUGCUGCGGCUGCACCAGGAGUGUGAAAAGCUGAAAAAGCUCAUGAGUGCCAACUCCUCUGAUUUGCCUCUGAACAUAGAGUGCUUCAUGAAUGACAUUGAUGUUACCAGCAGGAUGAACAGGGGACAAUUUGAAGACAUGUGUGCUCAAUAUCUGAUGAGGGUGGAGACACCUCUAAAAGCUGCCCUUGAACAAUCAAAAUUGAGUCAAAAUGACAUCUAUGCAGUGGAGAUAGUUGGAGGGGCUACAAGAAUCCCAGCUGUCAAAGAGAGGAUCACCAAGUUUUUCUCUAAAGACAUCAGCACCACACUCAAUGCAGACGAAGCUGUAGCAAGAGGCUGUGCUCUUCAGUGCGCAAUUUUAUCUCCGGCAUUCAAGGUGAGAGAAUUCUCCAUCACUGAUGUGGUUCCCUUUCCCAUUACUCUCCGCUGGAAGUCACCAGCAGAGGAUGGACUGGGAGAGUGCGAGGUAUUUAGUAAGAAUCAUGCUGCUCCUUUUUCCAAAGUGAUCACUUUCCACAAGAAGGAACCUUUUGAUCUUGAAGCCUUCUACAGUAGCCCUCAGGAGCUCCCCUACCCCGAUCACAGGAUAGGCUGCUUUUCAGUACAGAAUGUGGUUCCUCAGCCAGACGGAGACAGCUCUAAAGUCAAAGUCAAAGUGCGUGUCAAUGUUCAUGGCAUCUUCAGUGUGUCCAGUGCGUCACUGAUAGAGAAGCAGAAAGGAGAAGGAGAGGAAAUGCAAAUCGAGUCAGAGCCAAUGGUGCAGAAUGAAGGCAGAGCAGAGGAGCAGACCAAAAUGCAGGUGGACCAGGAAGGCCAAAGCCAGGGGGACCAGCAGAAUGAGGACAAUGGUUCUAGCAGUAAGUUCCAGGAGGGGGCAGCUGGGGAAAAGCAGGACCCAGCAGCAGCAGGAAGUAAACCCAAAGUCAAAGUGAAGAGUAUUGAUCUUCCCAUCAUUGCCAACAACAUACGGCAGCUUGACAGUGACAUCCUUACUAACUUUGUGGAGUAUGAGCGUCAGAUGAUAAGCCAGGACAAACUGGUAAAAGAGCUGAAUGAUGCUAAAAAUGCUGUGGAGGAGUAUGUGUAUGAUCUACGGGAAAAACUCUGUGGGGUUUAUCAAAAGUAUAUCACUGAGGAGGAUGGUAACCGGCUGACGCUGAUGCUGGAGGAUACAGAGAACUGGCUCUAUGAGGAUGGAGAAGACCAACCAAAACAGGUCUAUGAGGAGAAGCUAGAUGCACUCAAGAGGUUGGGUCAUCCCAUUCAGGAGCGACACAGGGAAAAUGAAGACAGGCCAAGAGCUUUCGAAGAGUUGGGAAAGAAACUUCAGCUCUACAUGAAAUUUGUAGAUUCCUAUAGACAGAAGGACGAGCGUUUCAUACAUUUAACUCCAGAGGAAAUGGGCACUGUGGAAAAGUGUGUGAAUGAAAGCAUGGGCUGGAUGAACAACAGGAUGAAUGCCCAGAGCAAACUUGCAGCAACUCAAGAUCCCAUUGUUAAAGUAGCAGACAUCAUCGCCAAAAUCCAGGAGCUGGAGGAUGUUUGUAAUCCAGUGAUCAACAGGCCAAAGCCCACAGUGGAAGAAGGCCCUGAAGUGAAUGAUCAAAACAGCGGUGCUUAUAAUGGCCCGACAGCUAAGCAAGGAGCGGAAGGAAAGGGAGACGCAAAAGGAAGCCAGCAGACAAAGCCUGGCACAAAAGAGAUGGAGGUGGACUGAGAUUGGCACCUGACAACCAAGCUCUUAAAACAUCUCUGCGUUUACCAUCAUACACUAUUUAGGCAGUAGAAACAUGAAUUCCUGGGACCAUUUCUCAAUUCUCACCAGCCACUAAAAUGGAUUUGUUUUGUGUUCUUUCCCAGUGGAUUUUACCUUUUAUUUCUACCCUUUCAUCCUUAUGUGUGACAGUGCUGUGCUUUACUCUCUCGGAGGUUUGACAUACUUAAAUAAAAGAAUGCUGCAAUUGAUUAAAUUCUGA